AUGCCCAACCAUUGUGUGGGAGCAGAGAAGCAUUCUGUCCUCCCUCCCGCCCUUUUUGAGAAGGACAGGAGAUUAUUGGAGAGUGUACGAACAUCUGUAUUGACAGAAACUGAGACAGUGGGUUGUGCUGAGCAAGGACCACCUGAGGAGUGUUACGUUAUAUGCAAUAACCCAUUUGAUAAGGUUACAAAUUUUUUCAGUUUCAGUGAAUUACUAUCAAAUGGUCGGUAUGAUGCUGCAGCACCUUAUACACUAAAUUCUAGUGGAAUUCUCUAUGAGAAUGAAGAAGCUCAGAAGCACUUAAAUGAUUUUGAUGUAAACUCAAGUACUGCAGCUGGACACCUUCCAAAUUCAGCUGUAUCUCUGGAGUCAAUCAAAUGUGCAUUGUCUGAAAAGCAAUUACAUUUAGUAAAAGAUUGGGUUAAACAGCAAAGGUUAACUUUUUCUGAGGCAGUAGGAGACACUAUUUGUGACUAUGGGAAGGUGGAAUCAAGCAAUGAGUCAAAAUGCCUGGCUUUGGCUCAGGUCGUGUAUGGUCAGACUGGUGCACACAAAGAAGUUGCUCUGUGUCUAUGUAAACAGGGCCAAAUUUCUGAAGCAAUGGGUUAUGUUCAGCAACUGGAACAUUUUUCUUUAAAUACAUUGGAACAGGUUAUUCUAAAUGAUACCAUCUGCACUUUGGAAGACUGGAAUAAGACAGCAGCUGCUUGUGCAGAAAAUAAGCAUGAAAAGCUAUGUCAGAAAAUCAUAUCGAUUCUCACCCCACAGGAUGAAGUGUUUGAAAAUUCGCCACUUGAAGAUGAAAAAGAUGCAAGGAUAACGGAACGUGGUUUUUGGAAGGCGCUGACUGGCCCCACUUCCCAGCCCAGGGGUGACGUUCCUGCCUGCCCGAUGCCCGAGGAGGAGGAGCAGGACGAGGAAGGGGCCUCAGCCGCACCGGGCCCCGCAGCGCGGACCCUUCCAUCACAUCGAGG